GAGAAUCCGCCGCCGUCGUCUUCUCCGCUGAAGCCAAGGCACCGGCCCUCUCCUCGUCGACCUCCCGGUGGCGUGGAGAGAGAGAGAGAGAGAGAGAGAGAGAGAGAGAGAUUGAGAGGGGGGAGAGAGAGCACUGAAGCAGCCGGCAGCAUGCGGCCUUCGUUCUGUACUAUUUGUUUUCUCCAUUUUCUACUGCCACUUGUGGUUUUUGCUAGACCUCUCUUUCCACUACCAAGUAAGACUAAUGAAAUAGAGAGGAGACCCUUACAGACUUUUCGACCAUAUAACAUUGCUCACCGUGGCUCAAAUGGGGAAAUUCCUGAGGAAACAACUGCUGCUUACCUGAGGGCUAUUGAAGAAGGUGCAGAUUUUAUAGAAACUGACAUCCUCGCUAGCAAAGAUGGGGCCUUGAUCUGCUUUCAUGAUGUAACACUGGAUGAUACAACUGAUGUUGCCAGCCGCCAGGAGUUUUCCAAUAGAAGAAGAACGUAUGAGGUGGAAUGGUCCAAUGUCACUGGCUGGUUUGUAGUGGAUUUCACACUUGAGGAACUUAAAACACUGAAAGUCAAGCAGCGAUACCCAUUCAGAGACCAACAGUACAAUGGCAAGUUUUCAAUUAUCACAUUUGAAGAAUUCAUUUCAAUUGCCUUAGAUGCAAGCAGAACUGUUGGAAUAUACCCAGAGAUGAAAGAUCCAGUUUUUAUCAACAAGCAUGUCAAAUGGGAUGGUGGGAAGAAGUUCGAAGACAAAUUUGUGGAUACAUUACUGAAGUAUGGAUAUAAAGGUCAAUAUAUGUCAGAAAAUUGGCUAAAGCAGCCACUGUUUAUACAAUCUUUUGCUCCUACAUCCCUUGUACAUGUGUCAAAGUUGACAGACUCUCCCAAAAUAUUGCUGAUUGACGAUUUCUCAGUUAGAACACAAGAUACAAACCAGUCAUACUGGGAAAUCACUUCAGAUGACUACCUAGCAUAUAUUAGUAACUACGUUGUUGGCCUUGGUCCAUGGAAAGAUACUGUUGUUCCACCAGCUAAAAACUAUUUGAUGGCACCGACUGAUCUUGUCGCAAGAGCACAUGCUCAUAAUCUCCAGGUGCACCCGUAUACAUACAGGAAUGAGAACCAAUUCCUGCACUUGAACUUCCAUCAGGACCCUUAUGCUGAGUAUGAUUUCUGGAUAAACAUCAUGGGGGUCGAUGGAUUGUUCACAGAUUUCACUGGAUCUCUGCACCGGUACCAGGAAAUGAUAUCUCCACAUCCAAAGGGUGAAACUGCAAACAGCCUCCUAGUUAAAAUUGCUCAAAUGAUCUCCCAAUAUGAAGGUCUCUGACCAUGCUUCCAUUUUCUGUUAAUCGACAUGCAAGUGUACACGAAACAAGGGUGGCCUUGAAUGUUACGGA